GCGUGGUUUUCUUUCCAUAUAUCUGCUUUACUGGCUUCAUAUUUGCCACACACAAUAAUCAUAUCAAAACAAUCUUCAAAAACAGGUAACCCCUUUCCUCUCUAGUCUUUAUCUAUGUUCUUUCUCUGUUCUGCUAAAAAGCAAACUCUACCUUCCAUUGAAUCUCAUCUCUUACAACACACCAACCACUUUUCUUGCUUUUUGUAAGUUUUUUUUCUGUUCUUUUGCCUCUUCUCUUUCCUAUGUUUCUGUCUUUGUUUUAGUUAGGCUUCAGAAAAACAUCAACAUAAAUUCAGGGUUGUCUUUCUUUUGAUUCAGAAAAACACUUAUGUUAUUUCCUCACUGUUGUUUUCUGAUAAAGUUGAGAUUUUUAUUUGAUUCUGCUUCUGGGGUGUUGUUUUUAGGAGAAUUCUGAAUUGGGUUUUUUGCUGUUAGUACAACAUCACAGCUUUUUUGGUUCCCAAGUCUUGGAUUAUGGGUUUGGAUUUGUGUCUGAGAUUUAAAGAUAAAGAUUAAGAUGCAGCGAGUAAGGUUUUCGUCUCAGCAAGGGCCGGUUCACAAGCUAGGUGAUCCUCAAAUGACACUAUCUCCGAAGUUUAGGUUAGCUGCUGUUCAAUCUGAUUUGACAGAUCCAUCACUAGAAUUAGAUUGUUCUCUACGAGAAGAGCCGUUGAUACCGGGCUUACCUGACGAUGUUGCGCUCAAUUGUCUUCUUCGUCUACCGGUUCAGAGUCAUUCAUUUUGUCGGGCUGUAUGCAAGAGGUGGCAUGUGUUACUUGGUAAUAAAGAGAGGUUUUUUACUAAUAGGAAGCAACUCGGUUUGAAAGAUCCUUGGCUUUUUGUAUUUGCUUACCAUAAGUGCACUGGAAAGAUUCAAUGGCAGGUUCUUGAUUUAACUCACUUUUCAUGGCAUUCGAUCCCGUCAAUGCCGUGUAAGGACAAGGUUUGUCCUCAUGGUUUUAGGUGUGUUUCGAUGCCACACGAUGGUACUCUUUAUGUAUGCGGUGGCAUGGUCUCUGACGUGGAUUGUCCUCUCGACUUGGUGUUGAAAUACGAGAUGACAAGAAAUAGAUGGACUGUAAUGAAUCGGAUGAUCAGUGCUAGGUCGUUUUUCGCCACUGGAGUAAUCGACGGGACUGUUUAUGUAGCUGGGGGGAAUAGUAACGAUCUUUACGAGCUAGAUUCGGCUGAGGUAAUGAAUCCGAUUAAUGGGAGUUGGCGCGCUAUUGCCAACAUGGGAACUAAAAUGGCAUCCUACGAUGCCGCAGUUCUUAACGGGAAACUUCUCGUAACAGAAGGAUGGUUAUGGCCUUUUUAUGUCUCUCCAAGAGGACAAGUCUACGAUCCAAGAACAAAUACUUGGGAAAAUAUGGCGGUUGGACUUAGAGAAGGGUGGACUGGUUCAAGCGUGGUAGUUUACGGCCACUUAUUCGUCGUUUCAGAGCUCGAAAGAAUGAAACUAAAGGUUUAUGACGCGGAAACUGAUUUAUGGGAAGCCAUCGACGGCCCUCCUUUACCUGAGCAAAUAUGCAAACCUUUUGCCGUGAAUGCGUGCGAUUCUCAAAUCUACGUCGUUGGCCGAAAUCUUCAGGUUGCUGUCGGUCAUAUCACUAAACUAAACCGAAAAGAAAGCCGCGAGGAUAAAUGGAACUUCGGCGUUCAAUGGCGUGUAAUUGACGCGCCGAAAAGUUUAUCUGAUCUUACUCCUUCAAGCUCUCAGGUGCUAUUUGCAUAGUUUUUUUUCCUCUUAUUAUUCUGUAAUAUCAUGUUAUAAUGUUGUUUAAAUGAAAUGUAAAUUAAAUAUAGUUAUUAGAAGUUUUAAUGUUUGUAAUAGCUCUGUGAAGGUAAAUUUAAGCAGUUUUUGAGCUGUAUUAGAGAAUAGCUUUUUUUGUUUGAUUGGGAAAAAUGUUGGUUUGUAUUCUAACACUUGAUUUUUUAAUGUGUGUCAUUUGUUAAAGUGAUUUGCAGGGAAUUUCUAUAAAUGAAUAAUUCAAUU